AUGAGUUCUCCAUCACAAGAUGGAGUUAUCUUUGUGAAGAUGCCAGAGGAGAGACAAAGCUCAUAUCAUGACUGGAUAUCAUCAGAAAACUCGCAUAAUUAUCAUCGUUUAUCACUUUCUAGUGAAAAUUUACCAUCUCAUACAACACCAAUUCGCGUACCAAAUGGAGGGACGUAUCAAAGCAUGGCGGAUUGUGGGUAUGGAAAGCUAACAUUUCAUCGAUAUCGUUUUUCAAGUCCAUAUUCACCUUAUAAUUCAUUUGUUUCGCCAAUGAAAGCUAAGCAGACGUAUGGGAGGAAAGGAAGAUCUAGAAAAAAUUCUUUUUUCUGCGUAAAUUAUCUUAAAAAUAAAGAAAAAAGUGAGAUUAUUUUUGAAUUUAAUUUAAAAAGGAUUAAAAGAAAUAUUAAAGAUGCAUCGAAUAUGACGGAUUCAUGUUUUUCUUCGAAAUUAUCUCCAGCUCGUAAUUUAUUCUCGGAAACAACUUCAGAUGAUACACAAUAUUCAUCAUCGUUUAAAAAAUCGAAUUCGGAUGUUAAUAAUGUGGGAUCUCAAAAAGUGUUUACUCUUUGUACACCAAAACAGGAUAAUUUGGAUGAUUCCGAUAUGUUUUCUGAAACCAUGACAAACUAUUUAGAUCGUUCUGAUACACCAAAAUCUAUCAAUUUAUCGUCUAGUCCAGAUUUUUCUGCAUCUUGGGAGAAACAAAAUAUCGAUGAAAAUAAAACAAUUGAAAAAUCAAGAUUUACUCUAGGAGACACAAAAAUGUCUCUUUUUAAAGAUAAUACAAGAAACAAGACGGUAGAAAAGGAGAGUCAUGUUCGUAUCCUUGAUAUAAAGAGUUGGUAUACUGGAAAGUUUCUUGAAGAUUCAACAAAUAUGCAAUUAAUGAUUUCAAAAAAAGGGUUUGCAUUACAAAAAAAUGGAGAGAUGUUGCCAUAUCAUAAUUAUAAUGCAAAUGAAAUUCGAAAUAUAGCAUAUGAAUUCGAUCAAUAUGGUUUACUUUAUAUUAGAUUGAAAAAUAGGAAUGCGAAAUUAAAUGGUCCAGGGACAGAAUAUCUUAUUCAAAUAGUUACUACGCAAAAAUUGAGAUCUUUAAGGAUUCUUCAAUAUUCUUGUCCCGAGGUAGAUCUUAUUGAACUUACACCAGAACAAGCUCAAAAAAUGUUGUCUCUUAAAAAAUUAGUUAAUCCAUUUAAAAAAAAUACUUUAAGCCCUUCAGAUGAUUUAAUAAAUUCGAAUGAAAUAAAUACCAAUGCAUCGGAAAUAUCGCCUUACUUUUGUCGAAAACUAGAUGAAUCUGUGCCUCGAGUAAAUUCUAAGUCUUUAUGUUUAUCUAAAAAAGAUGAAAAAACAAACGAAAAAAAUGAGCCAAGAUUAAUUUAUCCUCCUGUUGUCCUUUAUGAUGAUGAUAUAGAACGAUUAAAUGAUGGUGAAUUUUUAAAUGAUACAAUAAUAGAUUUUUAUUUAAAAUAUAUUCAAAAUAAACUUUUUCAAAAUGAUCCUUCUAAAAUAGAGAAGUCACAUAUAUUUAAUACAUUUUUUUAUAAAAAACUUGUAGAUAAAGAUCGUUCAGGCAAGAAAGGUGGAUAUCAAAAUGUCAAAAAAUGGACAAGCAAAACUAAAAUUGAUGUUUUUUCUAAAAAGUAUGUUGUUGUUCCUGUAAAUGAAAGUCUUCAUUGGUAUGUAGUAAUAAUAUGUAACUUGGAUACAAUACCAGAUAAACAUCUACAAAAUUCCCAAGAAAGUAUAGAAUCGAAUACUAGAAAUGAAAUGUUUUCUUUUUUCUCACCAAAAAAAGAAAUGCUUACUAAUUUAUCUUUUUAUCAAAAUGAUAAAAAAUAUAAUAUUUCCAACAGUUUUUCAGAUUCUCAAGAAGAUGAAUUGAUAGAAGAAAAGGAUAAGCAUAGAGACACUGGCAUUGAUAGACAAGAAAUUGGUUUUAAAAGCUUUUUUGGAAACUCUCAAUUAUCAAGACUUUCCAGAGAUAUAUCUACUUCAAAAAAACAUAAUCAAGAAAAAUCUAUAGAAAAAUCUCAUACUCAAUUAUCGAAAAAGAGUAAUAUUCCUAUUAGAAAACCUGUUAUUAUUAUUUUUGAUUCUUUAGGAGGACAACAUAAUAUAACUUUAAGAAAUUUACGUGAUUAUCUUUAUGAAGAAGCUAAAGAUAAACUUGGUUUAGAAUUAAAUAAAGCAGAUAUAGCGGGAAUACAUGCAAAUGUUCCUCAACAGAGUAAUCAUUGUGAUUGUGGACUCUUUUUACUUCAUUAUGUUGAACAAUUUCUAAAUGAUCCGGAUAGAGUUUUACCACUUAUUUUGAAUCAUCAUAAUAAAACUUCUAUUUCUUCUGAUAUUAAAAAUCUUUGGGGACAAGAAAAAAUAUCAUCAUUUCGAAAUGAACUUCGUUUAUUAAUAAAACAUUUACAAAAUGAAUCCUUAAUUAUACCAAAAAACAAUACAGAUAAUACAUAUUUAAAUCAGAAAGAUAUUAUAGAUGAUGAUAGUGAUGAGUUGAUUAUGUAUUUUUAA